AUGGAUUCUACGACUAUAAGAAAAGCUAUUGGUGCUGGAAGAUGGUUUAGUGCUAAUGGGAAUGAACUUGCAAAUGAAGUUGAUCAUUAUAUUAACAAUGCCCUCAAUAAACUUCCAUCAAUUCAAGGUAAAAUAUUAGGAUGUAUUUCACCUCAUGCUGGGUUUAGGUAUAGUGGUCAAACUGCUGGUUAUGAUUUUGCUGCUUUAAAGAGAGACUCUGAAAUAAAUGGAAAACCAGACGUUGUUUUUAUUCUUGGGUUUAGUCAUUCAUCUAGGUUUGAUUGUGCUGCUGUAAUGGAUGGAAAAGCAAUUUCAACUCCAAUCGCCACAACAGAAAUUGAUAAUGAAGCAAUUACAAUGUUUUGUGAAGGAAGAAAUUAUUUAAAAUGUUUCUACAAACCACAUAAUGGUGAACAUUCUGCUGAAAAUGAACUACCAUUUGUUCAACGAGCAUUACCUGGAGUUAAAGUUGUGAUGGUACUCAUUGGUACUCAUAAGUCUGAAGUAUUAGAACAAGUUUCUCAGGGUCUUCAAGCCGUUUGUUCUAAGAAAAAGAUGUAUGUUAUUGCUAGCAGUGAUAUGCUCCAUGAUGAAAGUCAUAAUCUAGUUGAAAAAACAGAUAAAGAAACAAUACAACUUACAGAAAAAAUGGAUAUAAAGGGUUUAUUAUCAAAAUGGAGUUAUGAAAAUCAAAUUUAUUGUGGAAUUACAGCCGUUAUACCAACAAUGAUGUAUGCUCAAGCUAUUGGUUGUGUUAAAGCUAUCACACUUGAUUUAACUGACAGUGAAACAAUAACAAAACGAAUGAACAGUGGUUGGGUUGUUGGUUAUGGUGCUGUUAUUUUCGUUAUUUAA